AUGAACUCUGCGUCUCUUCUUGCUUUCAACUCUGCGACUCCCCCUUCGUCUUUCUCGAAAGUCCUACUCACUGCCAACGCCAACACCCCCUCCAUCCUCUUUCUCGCCCUUGCCUUCGUCCUCCUGUAUUUUUGCGCUACCACCGUAUACCAUGUUCACUUCUCUCCGCUCGCUGCCCUCCCCGGACCUUGGUACGCGGCCAUCUCGGACUUCUGGUUGACCACCCAUGUCGUACGUCUGCAACAAUGCAGAACCGUACAGACUCUAUUCGAGAAGUAUGGCCCCGUCGUCCGCGUCGGUCCCAACAAGGUGGCAUUCUGCGACGUGACGACAAUGAAGAGCGUUUACUGCGUGCACAAGCUCGACAAGAGCACGUACUACAAGAGCCUUUCGACGAACAAUAACGACCAUGCCAUGACGACCCUUCCGAACGCACAGCACGCCAUCCGCCGAAAGGCGUACUCUCCACACUACAUACCAACCACUCUUUCACUUUUCCAGACUGAGUUGCACGACUCUGUCAUCACGCUCAUAGAAAUACUCGACUGCCUCGCAGGAGAGACAUCGGUUGAAUGUCUUGACCUCUUCCGUCACCUUAUGGUCGAUAUCAUUGGCGAUACUGUCUUCGGUUGCCGCCCCGGGUCGCUAGAGAAACGGGCUAUGAACAUCCAGGAUCCACUCUCUACCGCAGUCAAUGAUUUCCCCAAGAGAGGCAUCUUGCGUAGCGCUGUUCCUACUUGGGCGUGGAACCUUGUCUGCCGCAUCCCCAAUGUUCGCUGGCGUCAAAUUUGCGAUUCCGAUCAGAUCAUGGCCCAGUUUGUCGGCGGUCGGCUUUACGAGAUGCGCGCUCAGAUGCAAGCUGGUCCUGUCGGGGAAGAUAACGACGUAGAGAAGAUGCCCCUGCUCCAGCGCAUGCUGCAACACCGCGUGUUUUCCACGAGUGAGGGAUUGUCUGACCAGAACAUCAUUUCAGAAGCUAUGGGGCACCUCAUUGCGGGCGUUGAUACGUCUUCGACGACGCUUUCCUACCUGUUCUGGGAACUCAGUCGCCGCCCAGAUAUCAUGAAGCAGCUCCAGACCGAGCUCGAUGACGUCAUGUCUGACCGUAAAGUCAUCCCCGACCUGUCGGUCCUGUACAGGUUGCCAUACCUAAAUGCUUUCAUCAAGGAAGGUCUACGACUCUAUAGCGCUGCACCUUCGCUCCUCGAGCGAAUAGUUCCCGCCGCAUCUAAAAUUGACGAUUCGUUCGAUUUGAUGGGUUACGCCUUGCCUCCUGGCACUAUUGUCUCGACGCAGGCUUGGAGCAUGCAUCGUGAUGCAGAUGUUUUUCCCAGUCCCGAGACGUUUCUGCCGGAGAGGUGGUUGCCUGUCGAAGGGAUCGCAGGUGAAGAGGAGCGGUUAAUGAGGAUGACUCAACACAUGAUACCUUUCGGCGUCGGUAGUCGCGUCUGUGGAGGACAAAAUUUGGCACAGAUGGUUCUGCGUAUGACGGUUGCUGCGGUUGCGCGCAAUUUCAACAUCGCUUCGAAGGUCGGCGAAACGAAUGAACGCAGCAUGGAAAUUCGUGAUGCAUUUGUCAUCUUCCCUGCAUCGAAAGAGUGCCGACUCACCUUCACCGCACGGAAGUAA